AUGCUGGGAUUGGACGUGUGUGAGUUUGGGGGUCAGGUGCUGGAGCUGCUGUGGUUAACUAUGUGCUACAGAGGUCUGCUGGCCGACAAGAAGGAUCUUCGUAUUGAGGAGGAAGAGGACGACAGAAACCUAAACUACAUCGCGCCGGUCCAGAAGAGUUUGGAGGAGAUUCGGCAACUGGACAAAAAUGACGAGAGUCUGGUCAAGUACAAGCAAACCCUGCUGGGGAGGGAAACAAGGCCAGCAGACCCCGCUGUGGCGAAUGUCCAGGUGACCAGACUGACCCUGCUGUGUGACGAGGCUCCUGAACCAAUCAGCAUGGACCUGACAGAAGACCUGAGCGCUCUGAAGGAGAAGACCCUCUCCCUAAAGGAAGGAGUCACGUACAGACUGAAGAUACACUUCAAGGUGAACAGAGAAAUCGUUGCUGGCUUGCGGUACCAUCACGUGACCUCCAGAAAAGGAAUGACAGUGGACAAGGUGUCGCACAUGGUGGGAAGCUACUGCCCGAGGGAAGAGGAGCACGAGUUCCUCUGCCCGGUGGACGAGGUCCCCAGAGGCGUGAUGUCACGCGGCCACUACAAGGUCAUGUCCCACUUCACCGACGACGACAAGAACGCCCACUUGGACUGGGAGUGGAACUUCGACCUCAACAAGGACUGGAGUGAAUAGAGGGAGAGAGAGAUGAUGAUGAUGAUGCUGCAGCUUCCUGUCUUUCACUCCUGUUCUCCCCCUUCCCUUUUGACCUUCCCCGUUUCACCCUUUUCACCCUCCUCCCCCUCCUUACAUUGACCUUUCCUUCCUUGUCUGUUCGGUGACUUUUGGAGAAAAGAAUCCUCUCUCUCUCACUCUCUCUCUCUCUCUCUCUCUCUCUCUCUCUCUCUCUCU